AUGUCCGAAACCAGAGACCCAGUCUCGGUCUACAUCGACUCCAUGCUCCUUAGACGGCUGCCUCCCUCCCGGAGCAUCCCCACCAUCUUCCGAGUCGACCACGCUUCACGCAACGGCAGCCAAAAACUCUACGACCCGAGACUUGUCUCGAUCGGCCCAUAUCACCACCAAACAGCCCAUCUCCAGAAAAUGCUGCCUCUCAAGAUCGCGUACCUCAAUGGCCUGCUUAAACGCCGCGGUGAGUCCAACGCCGACAGAUACGUAGAGGCCGUGAGGUCCAUGGAGGAAGAAGCCCGAAACUCCUACUCCGAGACCAUCGAGCUCAACACAGACGACUUUGUUAAGAUUCUUGUGCUCGAUGGGCUUUUUGUGGUCGAGCUGCUCCGAAAGUACACGAUGGACGAGCUGAGGGAGACGGACGACCUGAUUUUUCGAUACAGCCAUGUCCUCGAAAUGGUCCAGCGUGACCUCAUGCUCAUCGAGAAUCAGGUCCCUUUUUUCGUGCUGGACCGGCUUUUCGCCAUGACGAGGAGCAAUGACGACACAAUCGACGAUAUUUUUGAACAUGUCCGUACUUUUACAUACUACAUUUCGCCGUGGUGCACGGAACUUUUGGCAGAAAAACUGUUGAAAAUUAACGCCGAUCACCUCCUCGGCCUCGUCCACAAUAUCUUGUUAGAGGAAAUGAGAGAAGAGAGUUUCUUUGAUAUAGAUUCGCCUUCGGCCUCCAGGCUGUUGGGAACAAGAGAUGUUGUCUCGGACGAAAUUGACUCAUUAAUCCUCCAGCUGCCUUCCUCUCCCAUCUUCCAAGUCCGAGUCGACCACGGCAGCGAAUAUCUCAAUGACCCAAAAAUCAUCUCGAUUGGCCCCUUUCACCACCAAAAAGCCCAUCUCCAGAUAACGCAGCAGCUGAAGAUCACGUACCUCAAGGACCUGCUAGCAGGCGGCUGGGAUUCCACUGUCAACAGAUACGUAGUGGCCAUGAGGUCCCUGGAGGAAAAAGCCCGAAACUUCUAUUCCGAGAGUGAGACCAUCGGUCAGCUCAACCCAGACGAGCUCGUGAAGAUUCUUGUUGUCGACGGGCUUUUCGUGGUCGAGCUGCUCCAAAGGAACACGAUGGACGAGAUGAGGGAGACGGACGACCCGAUUUUUGGAAACGAGCAGGUCCUCUUCAUGGUCCAGCGCGACCUGAUGCUCGUCAAGAAUCAACUCCCAUUUUUUGUGCUCCUCCGGCUUUUCAAAAUGACGAGGGGCUGGAACCCAUGGGAUGGAGACGUCGACGAGGUUUUGUACCGCGUCCGUUGUUUUGCUGGCAAAAUUUCGCCGUUGGCCAAGGAUUAUUUGGGCACGCUAAAACCGGAGGAAAAUAACACCAACGAUCACCUCCUUGGCCUCGUCUGCAAAAUCGUGUUCGGGAAAACAAAACUUGAGAGGUACGUUGUGGAAAUAGAUUCGCCUCCGGCCUUUGAGCCGCCAGAAAACUGGUUCGAGAAAAUGAAACAGGCCGCAUUCGACUGGUUAACCUACAAAAUCUUGUUCGAGAAAAAGGAAGCCGACAUGCCCGUUGGCGUAAAUCUGACCGUCUCUGAGCUGCAGGAAACAGGGGUCGAGUUCAAAGUGUGCUACCGCCGCCCCGACAUCACAUUCGAUGGGGGCGUCCUUAAAAUGUGGAUACUCAGUGUGGACGAACACACCGAGUCGAUUUUAAAGAAUUUGAUCACAUACGAGCAGUUUUUAACCGAAGACGAUCCAAUCCGUCCAAAAUGCGUGUCACACUACAUCACCUUCUUAAAUUUCCUCGUCAAGCGGCCGAGGGAUGUGGAGAUAUUGAGGCGGCACGGGAUUUUAAAAAACUCGCUGGGCGAAGACGAGUUGGUAUGCCGUGUUUUAAGGAGUCUUUGGGAAAGUAAUGUGGAAUUGGUGCGGUGGUGUCGCUACGAACAAGUUCAAGAGGCGUUGAACAGAUAUUGCGACCAGCGUGUGAUUAGGUGGACGGCAGUUUGUAGGCGGUGGAUGGCGGAACUGUGGCGGAAUUACUUCAAUAGCCCGUGGUCGUUUAUCAAGUUCUGUGCAGCUUCUUUGCUGCUGGUCUUGACGGUGAUACAGACUGUGUUUACUGUCCUGUCUUAUACGAAGUCCAGUAUUUGA